CAAUCAGAGAGUCCACCCACUCUGCCCAUUGUCUCCUCUUCCUCUUCCAGAGCUGGUUCACUUCCUAUAGGGACUGAAAACCAAGUGAGGAGAUGAAGGAUUGCACCGCACUACAUCAGAAAGGAUAGACACUGCAGGUAGAUCCUGAACAUCACCCAAGGAAUGACUGCACAACCGUGGGAAGACAUCCAGUCCCUUCCCAGCAUUGCUCAACACAUAGAAGGUUGGGCAGUGAAGCCAUCGUCUGGAAAUUGGUUGGGACAGAGGAGCUUUGACAUACCAUCAGAUCUGAAACUGGUCAGUGGUGUGGAGCCUUCCGUCAGAACCAACCUUUCUGAAGGUUCGGCUGUGGGUGAUCGGUCAGGGUGAGGCCGGGAAGAAGUGUCAGUGGCUCCAAGUGUGGUGAGAGCUUCAAUCAUUCAUCAAGCCUCAUGAACCACUGACUCAUUCCUACAGGGGAGUGGCUGUUCAAGUAGGGAGAGGGCUCCACAGGCACAUAACAUUUCCAAAUACGAAAGGUGCAUUUGAUGUAUUACUGUUUAAAAAAAAAAGGACAGGUUCAUGGAAGAGAAACAAUUCAAGUGUGAGGUCUGCAAGCGAGCUUUUGCAAAGUCAUCAACACUGGUGAAUCAUCGACGCAUUCACACUGGGGAGAAGCCUUACAAAUGUGAGGUUUGUGACAAGGCCUUUGCACAGUUAUCAGCCCUAGUGAAUCACCGGCGCACUCACACGAGGGAGAAACCAUUCACGUGUGAGGUGUGUAACAAUUCAUUCUCAGAGUCAUCGACUCUUCGCAAACACCAACGCGUUCACACAGGGGAGAGACCUUUCGUGUGUGAAGUGUGCGACAAAUCAUUCUCACAGUCAUCGACCCUUCAUAGGCACCAACGCAUUCACACAGGGGAGAAACCGUUCAUAUGUGAGGUGUGUGACAAAUCAUUCUCAAAUUCCUCACAUCUCCGCAGACACCAACCCGUACACACAGGUGACAAGCCGUUCACAUGCAAUGUGUGUGACAAAUCCUUCUCAGAUUCAUCAAGUGUCCUACUCCAUCAGAGGAUUCACACAGGGGAGAAACCGUUUACAUGUGAUGUGUGUGACAAAUCAUUCUCAGUUGUAUCUUCCCUUUGUAAGCACCAACGCAUUCACACAGGAGAAAAGCCUUUCACGUGUGAGGUAUGCAACAGGUCAUUCUCAGUGUUAUCAAACUUCCGCAGGCACCAGCGCAUUCACACAGGGGAGAAACCGUUCACCUGUGAGGUUUGUGACAAAUCCUUUUCAGUGUCGUGGAAUCUCCUGCUCCAUCAAAGGAAUCACACAAGGGAGUAAUCCUUCAUAUGUGAGAUUGCGGAGAACUUUUCAGGGUCUUUUGGGAUGCACCAGGAUUCAAACAGAUUGAUGUUUGUGACAAGGCUUUCACAGAGUCAGUGAAGCUCCUGGUCCAUCAAUGUAUUUACAUUGGGAGGAAUCCUAUCAGUGGGAGUUCUGUUAUAAAGCCAUCCUAUAAAAUGUUGGACUUCCUGGAUCAUCAGCAAACCCACACAGGAACUACCCAACCAGGCUCUGAGCUGGUUUUCACUCGGUCAUAGCACUGCAACAGACUUGGAGCACCCCCCAUGCAGUGAGACCAACCCAUUGUGAUUUGUGAUAUUACAGACUUCAGAACUUUAAUAACUGUUCAUGGACUGAGUGAAUCAACAACGAUAAACAGUUACACACAGAAAGCAGCAGCAAUAGCUGUCUGAAGUAAACUGUUAAGGGACAAGCUGAGGUUAAAGGCAAUCAACAACGUCUGGGAAAAUAAGGAGUCGAGAUUACGUAAACAAAACAGCUCGGAUACCUGCUUGGUAGCUGGAUGCCUCAUGCCACAAGGAUGAAUGGCUGAUCUGUUGAAGAAUUUAAGGAGUAAUUCCAAGACAGGAUGUGUCUUUCAGCAAACAGUUAAGGCCAAAUGUAACAAGGAACAAAGGAGUUACUUCUGGUAAGGAAGCCAGCUGCAGUCUCAGAGACUCUAAAUGAGUAAUCAAUAUUUUCAAUAAAAGGAUUCUAAAAAAUCAUCAAUUAUAUUAAAUCAUGGACCUGAAAGACAUAAAAAAGUUAUUUUAGAAUCGAACACCAGAACUCUGGAGAACAACAUUGCAUAAGGAUCAAACCAAGGACACACGCAGAGCAAGACACUGUAUGUGGAAUCAAGGCCAGCCUUAAUUGGGUAAUAGCCAAGUUGGGUUGUGAGGCUUAACUUGCUCAUUCGAGGAGUCUUAUUUUAGU